AUGAUUGCCUUCUUUUGACUAUUCUUGCUGGCCAAAUUGAUUGCUAUAGGGGUGACCUUCUUGUCUUACUUGCCUAAAGCAAGUAUUAAAGCGAGAAAGCUAGAUGAGUGAUCAAUAGACUUGCAAGGAAGCCUCAUGAGUUGACAUAUAGGCUACUACAAACUUUGAUUUUUCCUUUUCUUUACCGGAAGUGUUAUUUGAGGCAUCUGAAGGAACCAACCUCAAGAUAUUACAAUCGAAUCUUAUUCCUAUUCUAACUAUGAUGCAACAAAAUUCACCAGAGCCAUCAUGGGCGACCAAGGCAGCCUCUAUUACUUCGGCAAGCUCACCACUGGCGCCAACGAACAUGCAUUGGUUGUGAAGUACGACUCUUCAGGCACACUAGCCUUCCAGAAAGUAACUGAGACUGUGCCGAUGCCUCAAGGGUUUGAAGUAAGCAUGAACGAAACAUUCUUGUUUGCUCUGCUCGGAAUAUCAGGAAGUCCGGGAGGAAUUGUUGUUCAGUAUUCAGGAACUACUGGAGCUAUAAAUUAUGCAAGCGUGAUACCAAUAACCCCGACAUUGAAUUCAAUUCUCAAUGUGGAUAGAGAUGGAGAAAUUCUCAUUAUAACUGAACCCUCGGUUUCUCCACUGCUUUGCAAGAUUUGCCCUGGGAAAGCUGCUCAAGAUUGUACAAAUUAUUCUAUAAAUCUGAGUCCAGUUGGGUUGACUGGUAUUCCCAGAGUUACAUUUGCAGAUAACAUUUCAGGAUUCUCUUUUUACUUCACUGCUGUUGGGAAUACUCAACCCUCUAACUUUUAUAUCACAAGAGUUAAAAGUGACAGCACUGUAGAUAAAACCACAAAAAUAUCAUGCCCUUCUACUUCUUGUGAUUACACUUUUUCUGAUUUUGUGUAUGAUGAAGAUGCUGCUUUAGUCCAUGCUGUUACUCAGUUCCACUCCAAAGUUCUGCUCUUCAAGUUUCAUGAAACUACAGCAGUUCAGGAUGGGAUUUUAUACGCCACCGACAACAGCUUCACAUGCUCAGGCCCAGUGUCGAUUGCUCAGAGCGGAUCUAACAUUGUGAUAUCGGCCACAUGAACAUCAAUGUAUCUCACAAUAUUCAACACAGCUACGAGUUCAUUCUCCACAACCCUCAAAGUGGUUGACACCUCAUUGACACUGUUCAACGCUUUUGUGGACUCUGGAUAUUUGAAAACAGUUGGGUACUGGAGUCCGAAUGGAGAACACGGUUACAUCGGAGGGUACAAAACUGGUAGUACAACUGUGAACAGUCAAUUCGAAUCAGUUUCGAGUAUUUUUGUGGCAAACUCAAGUUACUCUAUAGUGUCUGCAACUUCUAUUUCUAUAUCCUCGGCUACUUCAAGUAUAUCUCCUGUACCAAUCACAAAUAAAGACGAAACUUCAGUCUACGACAAAAUAGCUCUGAACACAGCUUCAGUGGAUGCUCAAAACAUCAGCUCUGGUGACUCAGUCAGUGUUGCCUCAUCAUGCUCCAUUGUGCAAGGAACAGGUCUCACAUGCAGUUUAGGAUCAUACCUCGGCCAGGCUGUGCCUUCCUGGGUGACUCUUGAGCCUGCUGGAGAUUCUUGAAAAAUUUCCGAAUCUGCUCCAUCAUCGGAAUCACCAGCCCAGUUUGCUGUCGACUGCGUGUUCGGAACUCUGGCAUUGCAAACUCCGGUAUCCCUUACAUUUAGCUCCAGCAGUUCUGGCUCAGAGUCUGAGUGUUCAGUCUCAAACUGCAAAGCUUGCACUACAGGCUCUUCAGACUUGUGACAAACUUGAGAUGAUGGCUACAAUUUAAUAUCCAAGGGAACAGGCUGAGCAUCAGCACAAGUCCAGGCGACCGUGACUGCAAGCUCAGCUACUUUGGCAACAGGAUUUGCAGCAAGCAUGACAUCACCACAAGGGGCAUGGAGCAUGGUGAACCAGAUCCAAGUGCUAAUGUUGAUGCCGUUGACUGAGUGCUAUUUCCCAGCUGAUGUUAUUAGUUUCCUAACAAGCAUGAGUUUCACGAUGUUUUCUUUGAAUUUCAUUCCUUUACAGUCAAUCCCAGGAAUCAAAGAAACCCUUGGGUAUGUUGACCAUGAUCAAACUGACGAUUAUGUUUACGAAAUGCAAAUUAAAUCUGGAAGCACGUUCAUCAACAGCUUCUCCUUCAUCUGAAUCAUCGGUUUCAUAUCCAUAUUCCACUUGUGCCUGUACAUCAUCAAGAAAGAUGUGGAACUCAAAGUUCCUGUAGAAGAACAAGGGUGGAAAGCAAAGGCUGUGCUCUGGCUCUUCGACUUGCUCACUCUAAACAUUUACAUUCGGUUGUUCAUGGAAGUGUUCUUGCUGAUGAUACUGUCAAGUCUUAGGGAACUCUACUUUGUGUACAGACUCAGUUCAUCCAACGAGUUCAUUUCAUAUUUCUUGAAUAUGCCCAUUACAUUUGUUUUGGGUGCAUUUAUAGCUGUUUGAAUUUGGCAAUGGAAAAAAUCAAAAAGUCCACAAAAAUUUAGCAGGCAAUAUUAUUUUGUGGAGUUUUUCCAAGGAGUCAGAAACACCUGGAAAGCAAGAGUCUACUCAACCUUGUUCUUAACCAAGCGACUCACUCUGGUAGCUUUAGUGACUCUGGUGGAAGUGUUUCCGAUGCUGGCCAAAGUGAUCAUAUUCAUCAUGAUCCAGUUGUCUUGAUGUAUCACUAUUGUCAUCCUGAGACCCUUCGACGCUGUCAGAAACAACAUCAUUGAGAUUGUGAAUGAAGUAGUAUUCCUGGUCUGAUCAUCUCUGAUGGUUCACUUCAACACAAAAGGGAGAUGGAAGAGCUGGCAUGAGAAGAUGUACAUAAACUUGAUACUAUCGAACAUUUGUCUGAUUUCGUUGAUCUCCAUUAUUUUCUUGCUGAAAGAUAUUUCUCUUUGGAUAAAGAAAACAAUCCAGAAAAGAAGUGUCAAUCCCAAAGUGUUAAAAUCCGCUUUUGACAACUCGCUAGUACCUCAGAGCAGGAAUGCUUUCAAAGUUCAAAACAAGAGCUCUGUGUUCCGUAAGAGUAAGGUCGAAAGCUACACUAGUUCAAAGUCAAUGCAGGAUAGAUACAAAGAAGCUAUCAAAAAGGAGAGGGAAGACUUCAUGGCUCGCAAUGAGAGGUUAGGCGGAACAAAGAACCUCUAAGAAGGAUCCUAUAAGCUUCAUGCUAGGCUCGAGGGUCUAGUUUUGGAAUAUCAGGGAGAAUGCCACCUCUGAAUAUUUUGAGAGUGAAUAAGAUUAUUCCUGACCAGACUG